GAGAGAUGCAGCCAUCCACAAAGAUAUUAUCAAAGAAAAAUCCAACCAUCCCAUUCAUCCCAUGCUCUGAAAUUCCCGCCAUAACAUAAAUAUCUAACAAUCAACAUCUAACUUUAGCUCUUCAACCCUCAUCCCUUCCCACCAAAACCAACUUCUCUCCCAUCUCCCCACGUGCACGCGCUUACCUUACCAGCUACCUCAAACUUCCCCGCGAACCUCAAGAUGCCACGCCGUCGCCCCAAUAUGGCAGGGGACUUUGAUGCCUAUUUCGGGAACGUGAGUGAUCUGCGGAAUUGGCAGAAAUUGUGCGCGGAUGUGAACAUUCCUGGAGCGUGGAAUUUGGAGAGUAUCAAUGCUUGUAAAAAGGCACUCUCACAAGUCCACGUCAAUAUUUGCCAACUGUUGGAAGCCUAUCGGGAUAACAAGCCAGUGCGCCGUUUUUCAGAUAAGAAUGAGCUUCUUCAGUAUACGAUUGAUCAUCACAAGUUUUAUCCAUUAAGUAAGGCGAAGAAAGGGGGCCCGGUUAGGGGAUUGCUAUUUAAGAGGGGAUAGACGGGGAGGGGAUAAAGGAAGGAGAGAUUGAGAGGUGGGAGAAUAUGGAUGGAAUGCA